CACACUCGCACGAACACUCGCGCAGGUGCUGCAGCAGCCGGCGUUUGCGCACCUCGCAUCCCCGUCCCCGUCCCCGUCCCCGUCCCCAUCCGACACAACACCUCCGGGCCCGCUAGCAGCAGCUGCCGUGCAGACCCAAAUGGUACAGGCAUGGCACGCGCAGCGGGCGUGGCCGGAAGUCAGCGCGGCCAUCGCACAGAUCCGCGACGGGCUGGGGGCCGACGUCUUCGUGCACGCCAACGGCACGACGCGGCUGCAGCUGGACCUGGUGCGGUUCUCGGGGCUGCGCGGCUGCUUCAGCAUGCUCUUCUCGAGCCAGCUGCUGGGCGUGUACAAGCCGCACCCGGAGGCGUAUGCCAAGGCACUACAGCUCGUCAAGCUCGACCCCGCCGAGGUCGUAUUAGUCGCUGCGCAUGCGUAUGACUUGCGCGGCGCGGCGGCCGCGGGUAUGAAGACUGUGUACGUGCGCCGCUGGACUGAUGAUGUCGAUGAGGAUGUGGAGAAGUUGAGGACCGAGUUUGAUGCGUUUUUGGACGGCAUGGAGGAUCUCCCUGAGACGAUUGCGGGGCUGUGAUGUUGUUUGUGUUGGUUUCUUGUGGCGUUGAGAGGAAGAUUGUUGUUGGCCUGUUUCUGAAUGGAGAGUUACUGUUUUUGUACAGAGUUCAAACUUGUCAAUUAAUGACCGUUUUACGAAUACUGGGUGUGUUUUUAGCAGCAAAUGUCCCCUGAAAGCGUGCUCUUCCCUUUAGAAUAGUAGCACAACAGCCGGGUAAUAUGAGACCCUGGAACUGCUCCCUUCGCUCAA